CCGAGCACAUUUAAGCGUCGCACACGCUUGUUUUGCUCCUAGCGUAGCGCAGCAACCUGCACAGGCUUGUAAUUCGCCUGGCUCAAAUUCGUCCAACAGAAAGAUAAAACGCAAGAAAUAAUGAAGCCUGCCGUCGACGAGAUGUUUCCGGAAGGAGCCGGACCAUAUGUGGAUCUGGACGAGGCAGGGGGCAGCAGCGGCCUUCUGAUGGACCUGGCAGCCAAUGAGAAAGCGGUUCACCUGGACUUCUUCAACGACUUUGAAGACCUUUUUGAUGACGAUGAUCUGCAGUAACUGUCCAUCCGCACGCACACCUGAAAUGAAAUAACUUGUCCAAUAAAAGUCUUUAAAAAAAAAAACA